GCCGCUGCCCGAAACCAGAGAGAACGAGUUUGCCCGAACGAUAUCAGACAGCUAUUCGUGGAGAUGUCUUCUCUUCGUAGAGACUGUAUUUCCUUGAUCCUGAAGUACCUUCAAGAGGAAAACUUCACAGAAACGGCUCACAGCCUGGAGCGUCAAUCUGGUAUUUUCUUCAAUCUGAAUUACGUGGAAGAGCUGGUGAUGAAUGGAGAGUGGGAGGAGGCUGAGAUGUAUCUUUCCGGAUUUACCAAACUGGAGGACAACAAGUUCUCUACCAAGAUAUUCUUUGAGAUCAGGAAGCAAAAGUACCUAGAGACAUUAGACAGAAAUGAACGCCUUAAUGCUGUAGAAAUCCUAAUGAAUGAUCUCAAAGUUUUUAGCCGUUACAACAACGACUUGUUCAAGGAAAUGGCUCUACUCAUCACACUAGAUGAUUUCAGGAAACAUAAAUCACUAGGGAAGUAUGGAGAUACAUUAUCGGCGAGAGCAUCAAUUCUAAGGGAAAUCAAGAAGGCUAUCGGAGCGAAUCCUGUCUUCGUGGGCAAAAUGGAACUUCCUGCCAUUGAUACAGCAGCUCUCCGCAGUCUCGCUAAUGAAGACGCCUGACCUGUCAAUGUUGUGGGUCUACAGUACUCUUUUCCUAGCUUUUGUUUUCACCCUAUGAAUUUCAUCCUUUCAUAAACAUUUGAUCAUAAAGAGGAAGAGAGGGUUUUUAUGAUUUGUGACCGUCCAAUGGAACCUAUAAUAAAGUCAAUUAGCAUGCUUUUUUCUUUUC